AUACCUGACCCGGUUUCGUCGGGCCGGAACAAGCACAACGGCGGCGGCCGCGGUAAAUCCGCCGCGCUCGCCGCAGUGCAGUUCCUUCCACGAGAGACGAAUUCAAGGCGGUUUUUCGACGUUGUCCGACGCGUCCGGCCAGUAGUAGUAUACCUAACACGCCUGAAGUAAAACGGAAAAAAUAUACACAUAUCAUAUUUCGUAUUUUGUUUACCUCAAGCAGGGUGCGUUUUUCCGAACCCAGGUGACCCAUUCCACCUCCCCCCUCUGUGGAAUACGGUGGUACCGAAGUUAUCCGGCAAUUGGCGAUAGACGACAAAGAAAAUGCGACUUUCGGUCGUAUUCGAGCUUUUGCUGAUCUUUCUGAUCAUUGCAUUUGCCGCCUACGGUAGAGUCGUUCCAGAAAACAAAGACGUGUGGCGGACCAGUUUGAACAGCGUCAAAGAGCAUUUAAAACAUAUGGGCCAAGCCAGGCAAGCGGCAUCUGCUCCGGCUCCUCCCAAUCGGUACUGCGCUUGUUCCAACCUGAUGUGCAACUGUUGCCGGGACUUUUCACUGCCGGUUGUUCCCAUCCAAGGGCCAGGUUGCGCUUCUCUGAAGUAUUUGAAAGGCGACCAAAUGGCGGUGACGAUGAGCUUCGGCGACAAGGUGUUGCGCAACACCACCAUAUCCGGGAGAAAGCCAAAGCCGGUGUGCAUGAAUUUGCCGGGCGGCAUAUCCAAGUUCUGCGGCCGGGUGUACGGGAUCUCGCGGGACGGCGACCAGUUCAAAGCGUGCCUGGGCCUGGAGCUCAGGGCGCUGGACGACGUCGAGGCGGCGUUGCGCGUGUCGUGCUUCCGGUUCGGGCCGCAAGGCAUGAAGGUCGAGCCCGCGCAGCCGCUGCCGGCCACCGCGUCGUUACAGGGCGAGGACGAGGACGACGAGGACGAGGACGACGACGACGACGACGAUGACGACGAUUACGGUCUGGGAGACGGCGAGGAAGAGGAAGAGGACGACGACGACGCGGCCGAAGAGGAAUCCGAGAACGACGUCGAGUCGUCCGGCAGCGAUUACACGGGAUUCAGCGCGUUGAGCACCGACUUCUUGGACAGCCUGUUCGGCGGAGGCGGCGCCGCGGCCACCGAGGAAGAAGACGCGGCGGCGGCGGCGGCCGAGACCGUCAAGCCGUCCACGGCCAAGCCGGCGACGGCGCCGUACAAGACCAAGGCGACCACGCCCAGUCCCACUAGCCAGCUGACGGAGAAGCAGGCGAGCGCCGAGUCCGUCACGUCCACGUCGUACACCGUCAGCGUUGUCCAAGACAACACGGCCGCGUCCGCCGAAGCGUCCACCGUGACGGCGCUCGACGACACCCCGACGGACCGCGUCGAGACCGUGCCCACUCCUUCGCAGUCGGCGGCGUCCACGUCGGCCACCGACACCAAGGACAAGGACUACGACGACGACGACGACGACGACGACGAUGACGACAACGACGACGACGAGGACGGCGACAUCGUGUCGGACAUAAUCGAGUCGGCCGCCGACGUGGUGGGCAUGUCGGACGCCAAAAAGAACAGCACGGGCACGACCAAGGCGGCGGCCGCGGUUACCGAGGCAGCCACGUCGCCGACGACGUCGGACGCCGCGGUGGCGGCCACCACCAACAACGCGCCGUCGGGCAAAGACACCGAGGACGACGACGACGAAUCGGAGGAAGACGACGACGACGACGACGACGAGGACGACAAGUUCAAGAGGAGUUUCGGACAACAACAGCAGCUCAUGCCCGUGGCCAUCGUGCCCAACGACAGGCGGGGCCGGACGCACAGACGGAUGAGGCUGUCCGUGGCGGACGCCGACGAGACGGCCAUACAUUUCAUGAAGAAAGUAUGAUCCGGGUUGGCUCGCAAAAAACGUUUAGGUUGUACAUAGAAAAAAAAAAAUUAUUUAUUUGUUUAAUUUAUUAAUUUAUUUUGGAAAUAAAUAAGACGACUAUUUAUUCUUACGAUAUAUAUCGUGUACCGCGAGUACGCUUUGUAUAAAAAAAAAAAAAUGUUCACUCCGAUUAUUUAUUUACAUUUCCGUUGUAGCUCAUAUUGAUCGCGCCCACUACACACGUGUACAUAUACAUGAUAAUUAUAAAUAAAUAUUUUAUGAUAAAAA